GGUUUUGCUUCUUCACACGAAGAAGAGGCAGGCAUCAUCGUAAGAAGGAAUCGAAGAAGGGAUGGCAGGAACUUUCCAGCUCGCCUAUGUCCCUGGUUACACACUUUCAGACAGCAGCAGGGGCUUCUCUAAUUCUGCUGUUGUUUUGACAAAAACAACUGCUAGAUUUCCUUCCUCCUCCUGUCUGGAUCACAAACUAACUGGACGUCUUAAAUGUGCUGCCCCCAAUAGUCGUCGUCCCUUUGUUUGCCGAUCGAGUUCUGAUGGCUAUAGGGAACGGUUCGAGAAGUGGCUUCACACCCACGGCAUCUCAUACAGUGGAAAAGAGGAGUGGUUGCGACGCUUUCAGAUUUACAAGACUAAUCUCCAGCAUAUAGACCACCACAACUCCCUCAACUUGUCCUAUAAGCUAACCGACAACGAGUUUGCGGACUUGACCGAGGCUGAGUUUAGCGCACGUUAUUGUGGGGCGAAGACGCCUUCCUUGAGGUCAAACAGGCUGGUUUGCGACGCAGCAGCAGAGAUGCAUGAUGAACCUGAAGACGAACUUCAGGCUGAGCCCGAGAUUGUGUCUGAGUACGACGAACAUGAAUCUGACUUUGAUUCAGAACCUGGCCCUCUGACAGCUAUUCUUGAGCCAGAGGAGGAUGAUGAUGUUACGUUAGAUGUUUUAUCAGAUGAUGAAGAGGUUGAUGAUGAAGCUGUGGAGAGUGAGAAUUCAAGUCUCGAAAGAGACAGUGAAAGAGAAACCGCCUUGAGGGAACGGUUCGAGAAGUGGUGUCAAACCCACGGCGUCGUAUACGGAGGAAAAGAGGAGUGGUUGCGACGGUUUGAGAUUUACAAGACUAAUCUCCAGCAUAUAGACUACCACAACUCCCUCAACUUGUCCUCUAAGCUAACCGACAACAAGUUUGCGGACUUGACCGAGGCUGAGUUUAGGGCACGUUAUUGUGGGGCGAGGGUGAAGACGCCUGAGGUUGUGUCUGAGUACGAGAAACAUGAUGAAUCUGACUUUGAUUCAGAACAUGGCCCUGUGACAGCUAUUCUGGAGCCAGAGUCAGAGCUGCAGUUAGACUCACACCAAGAAGAGGAGGAGGAGGAGGAUGUUACGUUAGAUGUUUUAUCAGAUGAUGAUGAGUCUCUAGAUGAAAAGGUUGAGGAAGACGCUGUGGAAGAAAGCUGAACUUGUGGAGUUGCUUAGUAGUAAAAAUGCAGCUGAUUUAACUGUGAAAAGAGAGAGAGACCCUAGCAACAAUAUGAACAUUGCUAUCUAGUUAAUGACAAUAAUGUCUUGUUUCUCUA